AUGAUUGGGCAAUGGCAUACCAUCACAUCUCGAACGAUCAUUGGUCAAGUCCAUGCUCUCGAGAAGAACGACUUUCAAUCUUAUAUCUUUAUAUCGUCGUACUUAUCUCCUCUUCUAUCCUCUCCUCCAGCCAUCACCAGCAGCAGCAUCACCAGCAGCAGCAGCAACAACAUCAACAUCAACAUCAUCACCACCAACAUCACCAACAAUGGACGAAUACUGACCGAAGCUCGAGCUGACCAACUUCCUCCAUCCGAUCUCGAUACUGCCUCGGUGGCGGGCGAAGCCACCAAUGCUUCGACCGAAAUGGCGAAGCCAGAAGAAACCCUGGCGGCGGGUGAAGCCGCCAAACCCGAGCCGGAUGUCAAGAAGACGCUGACCGACGAAGAAAAGGCGGCGAACAAACGUCGUCUUGAUGAACCCAUACAAUUUAGCCAAGAAAUUGGCACGGAAGAGGAGCUGCCCUCUAAAAAACAGCGUAAAUGUCCCGAUUUGCCUGCUGGUGCGGCGGCGUAUUGGAACUUGGUCCGCGAUGGCCUGGAUACUCAGGUUGCUGAGAUUAAAAAGUGUCGCGCGACCGAGUUCCAUCCCGCUCGCGAUAGAUUGCGGGAGGGGGAGAAGGAAUUGCAGGAGAAGAAGAGGGAGUUGUGGGAGCUGGAGAAGAUGGUGAAGGGGCUUCGGGCCGCCAAAAACAAGGCCCAAGCCAAAAUUGACAAGCUUGAUGCCGACAUCAAGCAGAGCAAGAGCUUGCUGCAGACAAUUGAAAAGCGGAAGUACUAG